ACUUUAUGUACACUGGAAGCUUCUGUAGCCAAAACAAAUUCCUUGUGUGUAAGCACACAGGACACUAAAACCGAUUCUGAUUUUCUGAUGGUUUCUUAUAGUUAUUUUCUAUUGGUUUUGGCUUUUGACUGUAUUUUUUAAUUUACUUACUCAUUGGUUGAUUGGGAUGAUCAUUGUUUGCAGGUGUGAUGUUUAGAGUCUUGAGUUCUCUUGUGUUUCCUCUGUGACCUGAUGAAGACCUUGCAGGGUCUGCAGAGUUUAAGUGGCCGAUUGUGCUCACACAAGCAUCUCUGAAUAUGAGGAAACGAUCAACAGCUCUGUUGAAAACAGCCUCCCUGACACUUAGAUAGUUGAAGCUGAACUGUUUCAGGGUCAAGGAGGUGGCAUUGAAGGAUCUGCAUAAAAGUCUCCUGUCGGCUCGCUAACACAGGCAGUGCUGUUCAGAAGAGCUGGAGGACACUCAGUUGAAUAUAGCUGACAAUGGCUGAAGCACUCAUCCUGCCCUGGCUGCUCUGUUUAAGCCUGUUCUCCGCAGUGACUCUGGCAGCUCUGUAUCUCAAACAGAAGAUGAAUGGAUUUGUGCCAGCAGGAAAUAGAUCUCCUCCAAGUCUCCCUUCACUGCCCAUCAUCGGGAGUCUGAUGAGCCUGGUGAGCGACAGUCCUCCGCACAUCUUCUUUCAGGACCUGCAGAAGAAAUACGGAGAUCUGUAUUCCCUCAUGAUGGGCUCCCACAAACUGCUCAUUGUGAACAACCACCAUCAUGCGAAGGAGAUCCUGAUCAAAAAAGGAAAAAUAUUUGCAGGGAGGCCACGGACUGUUACAACAGACUUGUUAACUCGAGAUGGGAAAGAUAUAGCGUUUGCUGACUACAGUUCCACAUGGAAGUUUCACCGCAAAAUGGUUCAUGGAGCUCUUUGCAUGUUUGGAGAAGGUUCAGUUUCUAUUGAGAAGAUAAUUUGCAGGGAGGCGAGCUCUAUGUGUGAAGUGUUGACUGAAAGCCAAAACAGUGCUGUGGAUCUGGGACCGGAGUUGACACGCGCUGUCACAAAUGUGGUGUGUGCCUUGUGUUUUAACUCCUCGUAUAAACGUGGAGAUGCUGAGUUUGAGUCCAUGCUCCAGUACAGCCAGGGAAUCGUGGAUACAGUUGCAAAGGACAGCUUGGUGGAUAUUUUCCCAUGGCUGCAGAUUUUCCCAAAUAAAGACCUCAGAAUCCUAAGACAAUGCAUUUCCAUCAGAGAUAAACUGCUUCAGAAGAAAUAUGAGGAACACAAGGUGACCUACAGUGAUAACGUGCAGCGGGAUCUCCUGGAUGCUCUUCUGAGGGCGAAACGCAGCUCAGAAAACAAUAACAGCAGCACUCGUGAUGUCGGUUUAACUGAAGAUCAUGUGCUCAUGACGGUGGGGGACAUUUUUGGGGCUGGGGUGGAAACCACUACUACUGUACUCAAAUGGUCUAUAGCUUACCUCGUCCACAAUCCACAGGUUCAGAGAAAGAUUCAAGAGGAGCUCGACAGUAAGAUUGGGAAAGAAAGACACCCUCAGCUCAGCGACAGGGGGAAUCUACCUUAUCUAGAGGCCACUAUCAGAGAAGUGCUGAGGAUUCGACCUGUUUCUCCGCUCCUCAUCCCUCAUGUGGCGCUGCAGGACUCCAGUGUUGGUGAAUACACAGUGCAGAAAGGGACGCGGGUCGUUAUUAACCUCUGGUCUUUACAUCAUGAUGAGAAGGAAUGGAAGAACCCUGAGCUCUUUGACCCAGGACGCUUUCUGAAUGAGGAGGGUGAUGGUUUGUGCUGCCCGUCGGGCAGUUAUCUGCCAUUCGGCGCAGGGGUGCGUGUUUGUCUCGGCGAGGCCCUGGCAAAGAUGGAGCUCUUUCUCUUCCUGGCGUGGAUUUUGCAAAGGUUUACUCUGGAGAUGCCCACUGGCCAGCCUCUGCCUGACCUCCAGGGCAAGUUUGGCGUGGUUCUUCAACCCAAGAAAUUCAAGGUUGUUGCUAAAGUAAGAGCAGACUGGGAGAAAUCCCCACUCAUGCAGCACUGCUGAGCUUAAUGUCAGAUGCUGAAAUCUUAAUCUAAUGAGAAUCUUUUUCUCAGCUUCCUCUGUGUAGAUUGUGUAUUUUCACUUUUAUGGCAGAACGUUGGUUCUUUUUAUCAAAUUUAGAGUGAAAUAAACAUAAUGCUGAGGAAAUAUUCUCUUUUAGAAGAUCAUUUCAGACGGCGCUCAGUCAAAUAGCACACAUCAAACAUAAAUUCAAAGAAGGAUUUUGAACAGUCAGAAUAUGGAGGGAACACAUUUAUUCAUAUAAGCUGAUUAUUAAUGAUGGUUUAUUGACUGUUAAAGAGCAACAAGGGUGUUAUUGAUGGCAUGUGUUUUUGUUGAAGCCACCAGGCCAUAUUAUUGUAACAGUGUUUAAAAUAGACAAAUUUAACUCUUUAUACAGCACUCAUUGAAAAACAAACCUGGAUUGUUAUUUGGGGAUGUGACUUACAAGAACUUUUUAGAUUUUUUAUGAGAAAUAGAAUAGUGAGUGAUAUUGAAAUCAUUGUCAGUGAAGUUACCAUAUAUGAUUCUUCACCUAAUAAAAGGUUACCCAGAUAGUUUACCCAAAAUGUAAAAUUUACUCACUAUUUACUCUCCUUGAAGUGUUUUUUUUUCUUCUGUUAAACACAAAAGAAGAUAAUUUGAAGAAUGCUGAAAACCUGUAACCAUUGACUUAAUUGUAGGAAAAACAGGUUUCCAGCUUUUUUUCCCAAAGCAUCUUUUUUUUUUUUUUUUUUUUUUUUUUUAAAGUCAAGUGCUCAAUCUUUUUAUGUUGGUCUUGGUUUUCAACUGGUUGCACUGUUCUAAAACAAUGUCUAUGUGUUGCAAGUGUUUAUAAUCAUAUUUCUAACGGGAAGUUGUUUGGACGAAAUUAAUAAAUGUGACGUGAUUCGCUACUUAACUCGUCAGUGUGGUUCAUGCCUUAAAUGCUUUAACAAAAUAAAUGUAUAGCCUUAUGA